AUGUCAGCACAUGACCAAAUGCGAGCUAUGCUCGACCAGUUAAUGGGAACUGCAAGGGAUGGGGAAGGACAACAUAAAGAGAAGUUUGAUGGACCUAGGGUAUGUAAGAGUUUCCUGUUGGCUUGCUGUCCUAAUGAUAUCCUUGCUAGUACGAGAAUGGAUUUAGGUGAAUGUGCCAAGAUACAUGAUCUAGCCUUAAGAGCUGAUUAUGAAGCUGCAGCCAAGACAAAGGAUUACUACUAUGACAUUGAUGCUAUGGAACAUCUACAGAAUUUUAUAGCUGAUUGUGACAGGAAGAUGGAACUGGCUAAGAAGAGAUUGAAGGAAACUCAAGAAGAACUGAGUGAAGAUGCUAAUUCUAAGGCUGAGAAGAUUCUACAACUUGGUGAACAGAUAGGAGUCACUCUAGCUAAAGCUGAAGAAUUAGGUGCAGAAGGCAAUGUAGAAGAGUCACUAAUUUACAUGCAAAAGGUGGAGGAAUUAAAAGCAAAGAAAAGCGCUGAAGAGCAAGAGUACAGAAAUCAAAUGCCAGCUUCAAGUUACCAACAACAGAAACUACGUGUUUGUGAAGUCUGUGGAGCAUAUUUAGGUAUACAUGAUAAUGACAGGAGAUUGGCUGAUCAUUUUGGUGGCAAAUUACAUCUUGGUUUCAUUUCCAUUAGAGAGAAGCUUGAUGAACUACAGGUUACACAUUUUUCAUGUUUCAAAUUGGAAAAUAGUUUGCUUGCAAUUAAAAUCAAAAUACUGUUGGAAAAAUCAGUAGCUGAUCGUCGUGUUCAGAGAGAAAAGGAACGAGAAGAGAUGAGAAAAGCUAGGGAAGAUCGAGAUAAAGAGAGAGAAGAGAGUAGAAAACAAAGAAGUAUUAGUAAAGAGAAAAGUAGAGAUAGGGGUAGUGAUAGAGACCGAGAAAGAGGAGGUGAUAGAGAUCGAGAAAGAAGUGAUAGAGACAGGAAAAGACGAUCCAGAAGUAGGAAAAGGUUGGUUGAUAACUUAUAA